AUGAGGAUAGGUUACAUAUUUAGGUAUCUCUUUAUUUACUUACUUUUAAAUGACGGGGAAAAGUUUGUGAUUUCCAGUGAUCAAGAAACUUCUCUUAAAGGUUCAUCACAAUCUAACGGAUCAUUUAGUGCAGAUUCUUCUGGCUCAGUUGCUAUUCCAUCUGAGGUCGGAUUAUUCACCACUGAUGGUUCUGGUAAUUAUGUAAAACUUGAACAAUCUAAGGUUAAGGUUGUUCAGGAUGGUGCUGAAUAUUCAUUUGAAUUUGAGAGUGGUGUCCAAUUGACUAAGGUCGAGCAUAAUUCCUCGAAAGUUUGGGAACAUGAAGAAAAUAAGCCUUAUCCGAAAUCUGUAGCAUAUAAGAGUGACGAAAAACUAUUUGCAAUUAUUUCCGAUACCGAAAUUGUUAAUUGCAAAUUUGAAAAUAAUCAGUGGAAAUUUCAGAUAGACGUCCUAGGUCAAUCGUCACCCAAAACUUCUGUGACCAAUGUAGAAUUAAACCUGUCAGCUAGUGCUGGUACCAAUCAGUUUGAAUACAAUAGGACUGGUGAUACUGCAGAGUUUAAAGCUAAGGCUGGUCACGAAUUUACAGCAGUAAUAGGAACAUCUGGUACGGAUGGGGUUUCAGGAAGAGUUAUUUGGAAACCCAUGAACCCCAACGAGAAUGCCACAAGGGUAGUUCUCGAUGGAGUUGACAAUAAUGAUAAAAAAUUAACGAUUCACAAGAAGAAUAAUGAGAAAGUAGAGUUUACUAAAUCAAGCACUAAUAAAAAUUGGGAAGAAGUAGUUACUAAGGUAGAACUUGAACUUAGUAAAACUACUUCUACAAAUGAGUUUGAUUAUGAUAAGAAAAAUGAACUCACUUCAUUUAUUGCAAAGGAUGGCUAUGGAUUCACUAAGGUUCUAAAAGCCAAAGCCACAGAUUUUAGUAGAGAAGAACAGGUUUGGGAAGCUGAUACAAGUUCUAAUAACUUCGCCAAACUUGUCAGACUAAAGUUGAACGACAAUCACAUAGUCUUGAUACUAAAUAAUGCUGAAUUUAUUCUAUUUCACAAAGUUGCUGAGGAUCAAGAUUGGAAAGAUAUAACCAAUGAUAGACACAAACUAUCGGAGCUUAAGUUCUUCACAUUUGAUCAGUCGAAAUCGCUCAAAGAACUAGAUUCGACUUAUUACAAAGUAGAGUUAAAUGGGUUUUCAUACGGUUACACAUUCAAGGAUGACUUUGAGUUACAGCAAAUUAAAUAUCAAAAUAAACUCGUUUAUAACUACCAUAGUGAUGAAGAUUUUGGUUUAUUGAAGGGACUUUAUCUUGGUUUGUCAUCAAAUAAAUUUUUCAUUACUAACUAUGAUGAUGAAAGCAAAGAGUUGGAUGUAUCUAAGGAAGUUGUAAUUAAAAGGGAAGCACCACCAGCUGAACCUGCAAAACCUGCUGAACCGAAACCGAAACCGAAACCUGAACCUGCUAAGGAACCAGCAGCUGUACCUGAGCCUGAAAAUACAAUCGAACCAGUUUCAGUAACUAUUCCUACACUCUCACCUGUAGAACUUAAAAUUAAUAAGAGUAGCGCUGAAAAUGAGUUUGAUUAUGAUGACAUUGGUGUGUACAAAACGUUCAGUUGUAGGCAAGGUUUUGGAUUCAACAAAAUAGUAAAUCCAAAAACAUUCGGUGCCGAUGAAGUUAUAUGGCAAUCUUCUGGAAAUGACUAUGCAACCAAGGUUAGAUUUAAGGAAACCUCUGGUACUAAUGAAAAACAAGUUCUCCUAUUUCUUGCCAGCAUGAAAUAUGCGUUUCUUCACUCUGAUAAAGGUAAACCAUUUCAGAACGUAACUAGUGAUAGGCAUAAAUUCUAUAACCUAAAGGUUUAUACUCUCCAAAAUGAUGUUGAAAAAAUUGCAAAACCAGAUCAAUAUACUAUAUCUUUAUAUCAUAUGUCAAUUGGAUGUACAAUUAAAAAUGAAUAUCCCUGUAGUAAAAUUAUCUACGAAGAUAAAGUAGUUUAUAAAAAAGAUGAUUAUCAAGAUUUGGGACAAAUAAAGGGUGUUUAUCUAGAUCUCAUUAGAAAUAGCAUGUAUGUAAUUGGUAUUAAUGAUCAAACCAAAGUAUUGGAAGCCAUGAAAACCGCAAAAGAAUUUACACUCAAUAUAAGAAAGGAUGAAAGUACUGAUGAAUUCGAUUUCAUUCAAGAUUAUCAGAAAAAUGUUAGAAUAUUCACAGCUAGAGGUAACGCCGUUUUUACUAAGGUUAUCAGGGGUGCUAGGCUUGGUUCUGAUGAACUUAUUUGGCAAUCCAAAGACAUCAAAGUAUAUGGUACCAAAGUUGUCACUGAUGGUCUUAGUGAUUUUAAAAGGGCCAAAAAUGUAACAAUACAUCUAUCUAAUGGUGAUGUCAAACAUCUAAAUUAUUCAGAUGGAAAUUGGAUUCAGGUUUCUAAUAAGAUAUCACUUGAUAUUACCAAGACUGAGAGUUCCAUUCAGUUUGACUUUUAUACUAAAAAUGAAUUUACAACAUUUACUGUCAAAGAUGUUUAUUUAUUCAAUAAAGUGAUAGAGUCAAAAACCAUUGGUACAGAGACAGUUAUUUGGGAAACCACAAAUACUAGUGAAUAUUCCAAAAAGGUAACAUUGAUGGUUACAGGUGAUGAGAAAUACAUGGGAUUACUACGAACAGACGAUGAUGUAAUAUUGUUACAUAAACCACCUAACAGUGAUACAUGGGACAAUAUAACCUCAAAAGUAACAAAAAUAUCCGAACUUAAGAUGUCAUAUUAUGAUCCUUCAGGCUCAUACUUCAUGUUAAAACCUGAAAAAUAUAAAGUGGCAUUUAAUAAUUUACUUUAUGGUUAUGAGUUCAAUUCUGGAGUUGAUUGUCAUCUUGUUAAGUUUGGUGAUAAACACUUAUGGAGUCAUAGUGAUGACGACAAAUUUAAAAAUAUAAAAGCAGUUUAUGUCUACCUUCGUAACAACAAUUUUAUUGUUGUCAGUCCGUCAGGUGAGAGAAAGGAAAUAAGCUUAAGGAGUUUAUCUUCAGACAAAGAACAACAAGAAGAUCAGGAAGAAGACGAUGGUGAUAAAGAAACGAAAUCAGAGGGAGAGGAUAAAACGAAAGAUGAUAAAGAGCAAGAGGGUCAGGAUGAGAAUCAGGAUCAGGAUGGAUCUUCAGGAUCAACCCCUGCAACUUUAGUAGAACUUGACAUUACGAAGACUGAAACGACAAACGAGUAUGAGUAUGAAGAGGAAAAUGAUAAUCGUGUGUUUAAAACCAAAGCAGGUUUUAAGUUUUCUAAAGUUAAAAAAGGCACUCAUGAUCUUAAAGAUUUGUCUAGUUCUCACGCAAUUAAGAUCACUGCAAACUAUAAUCAACCAGGAAAAAUUUUGUUGUACUUGUAUCGGACUAAUACUGACUUCGAAUUCUCACUCGUGAAUGAUCCGGAUCCAUCUUCGAGUCAAGCUUCAGUUCCAUCAGAUUCUGGAACACUUUUGGCAGACCAAUCACAAAUUGUUUCUCAACAUUUUAAGCUUUUAGCCGAGGAUGCUUCAGGUACUUCUCAAGAAUUUGAUAAGCAAAAAUUAACUACUGAACAACAACUUGAAUCCCAUUUGAUAAACUAUACGUUUCCUCCAAAUGCCAAAUGCUCUGAAGUUACAUAUAAAGAUGCUACUGUAUGGAAACAUGACAAAUCCAUACAUGGAAAAAAUUAUCUAACAAAUGUGUUUUUGAAUACCAACACUAGUUUUCUCAUGGUAGAGUCUCAAGGCCAUUAUCAAUAUUAUUAUACACUUUUGAAUGAUGAGUGGAAAUGUAUUUCUGGUUACAGAUCACAUACAUUAAAACUUCUAUCUCUUGAUUCACUAAAAAUAUUUACUUUGAAUCAGUUUGGGUUUUUAAGUACUGAUGAUGAAACUCAGUUUACCAAGAAGGCUGAUGGAAAUGUUAUAACAUUUAAAUUUAAAGCAGGUUCAAAAUGUGUAUCUGUUAAAUAUGGUGGAGAACAAGUAUGGUCCCAUAACAAUAACGAUCAUGGAAAUCAUUAUCCAGAUACAAUCAUUGUUAAUACUAAUCAAAAUUUUCUUACCUUGGAGAGUUCCAACGUAUACCGUUAUGUAUUCAGUCAUUAUGAUGGAACGUUAAAUUGUAUUUUUGCAUACAAAUCAAGUCUUUCUCAACCGAUAGAAAAGGAUAAAUUGAAACUUUCUAAAGUUGGUAAUCUGGGACUUAUAAAACCUGCUGAGGCAACUGACUAUGAAGUUAAAGAAUCAGAUACUGAAUAUAAGUUUAAACCUGGUUCAAAUUGUACCUGUAUUAAGUAUAAUGAUACCGAGGUUUGGAAACACACCACUCAGCAUGGAGAUAAGUAUCCAACUUCUGUUGUUUUUAACAAUUUGAAUAGAAACUAUCUAGUUGUUGAGUCAACUAGGAAUUAUCGUAACAUAUUUCAAUUCGAAAAUAGUCAGUUUAAAUCCUUAGGUGCUAAUGAAAAAUUGAACCAUGAUCAUAAUUCCACAGGAGUUUUUGAUCCUGGCAAAUUGAAGUUUAUGACUACAGAUCCUUCGGACUCAAGUAAACUUGUUGAUCUUGAUUUGAGCAAAUAUAGUUUACAUCAUCCGACACUUAUUACAUUCAAAUUUAAGGAAUCUGUCAAAUGUGCUGAAGUCAGAUAUGAUGAUCUUUUAGUUUGGAAAUAUUUAAGUACUGAUCACGAAGAGGAGUUUCCAACAGCUGUUGUUUUGAACAGAGCAAAAAAUUAUAUCUUUGUAGAAUCUUCACAUUACUACAGAUAUGUCUAUUCGUACUAUAAUAGGCGUUGGAAAGAAUUGCCAUUCGGUUUUAAAACCUUGAGAAUUUUAUCUGAUAAAUUUAAAAUAUUUGCAACUGACCCCUCUGACACAAAUAAAUUUGUUGAACUUGACAAUAGUAAAUUUGAAAGAGUAUAUUCUUCAAAUGCCCUAACUAUUAAUUUUACUUCUGAUGUUAAGUGUACUUGUAUAAAGUAUGAUGAUUCAGAAGUUUGGAAAUAUAAUUAUGAUGAACAUGAAGAUAAAUUUCCAACAUCGGUUGUUCUUAAUACAAAGAACAAAUUUAUUAUGGUUGAAUCUGGUUAUGACUAUAGGUAUGUAUACUCCCGACAAAAUAAUAUUUGGAAAUUGCUACCUUAUGGUUACAAGUUAUCGGAAUCUACCAAAAUUAGGCCAGCCGAUCCUACAAAAAUAAAAUUAUUCACCAUGGACAAUAACACGACUGUUCAAGUUAACGAGUUAAAAUAUGAUGUCGAAGAACCCGAUGAAUCCAAGAAUCUUUUCGUGAUCAAAUUCAAAUCUGAUGCUAAGUGUAGUUGUAUAAAAUAUGUUGAUACAGAUGUUUGGAUACAUAGCAGUAAUGACCAUGGAGAUAAGUAUCCAACAUCUCUUGUUUUAAACAAAAAGAAGAAUUAUAUUAUGGUUGAAUCUGGUUAUGACUAUAGGUACUCAUAUUUGUUUUACAAUAGAAAAUGGAAUUUGUUACCAGUAAGCUACAACCAUAUACGCAGUUUUGACCAUGUUGAUCCUAAUAAGUUAAAAUUUUUCCAUUUAAACCAAAACAUGAUAAUAGAAGAAAUUACUUCCUUUCCUACCAAUGAACAAGGUGAAUCCAGUAAAAGUCCUAGUAGCAAUGAUGAUAAGGGUGAUACCAGUGAAAAGAGUGAUACUAAUGAACAAGGUGAGUCUGGUGAUAAGAUUGCUACCAGUGAACAAGAUGAAUCCAGUGCUAGUGCUGAUAGCACUGAACAAAGUAGUUCCAGCAAUGGUGUAAGUAGUGAUGAUUCAGUUUCUAUUUAUAAUAUUCCCGAAAAUAUGAAAUGCGUUUUAGUAAAAUACGAUGAUAUUGAAGUCUGGAGGUAUAGUGAUAUAGAACAUCAAGAUAAGUAUCCGAAUAGAAUACUUUUGUAUAAAAAGACUGCAACCCUUAUUGUGGAGUCUUCAUCUAACUAUGAGUAUGUAUACACAUACGAAGAUAAAAUAUGGAAACUAACCCCCUUCGGUGCAAGAUUAAAGGUUAUUGAAUCUAUAUAUGACCUAGAUAAACUUAAAUUAAGUUCUGUUAACCUUUCUAAUAAAACAUUUGUCCUAGAAAAUAUCAACCAUUAUAAUCUUCAACAAUCCGGAAAGUUAGCCAGGUAUACAUUUAUCAAUUCCUCCAGGUGUACAGAAGUCGUAUAUGAUGAUAAGCUAGUGUGGAAAUAUAACGAAGAUGAGCAUGGAGAGUAUUUCCCAACAAAUGUUACAAUGAACUUAAAUACUGGUAUUAUCACAGUUGAGUCCAAGGGCCUUUAUGAAUCCUACUUUUCAUACUAUGAUAAUAAGUGGAAUUUAUUAUAUGGUUACAAAGCAUCUUUUAGAAUCAAAUUUAAGGAAUCAGCUAUGAUAAAGUUCUACAUAACUAAUGAAGACGGGUUAUCAGAACCUACCACUGAUUUCCAUAAGGAAGUUACUGGACCAGUAAUAACCUAUAAUAUGUACUACGGAACUAAAUGUACCCAUGUUAAGUAUGACGAAUUAUCUGUAUGGACUUAUGAUUCAGAUAAGCAUGGAAAUCAUUAUCCAACAUCAGUAGUUUUCAAUGUUGGAAAAAUGGUUAUUACUGUUCAAUCUUCUGAUCAAUAUGUUCAAUUUUUAUCAUUGAUUAAUCAUGAAUGGAAACCAUUCAGUGGUUUCAGAUCACAAGCUACUGGACCUUCCGAAGUUAAAUUUUACAAAAAGGGUCGUUCGGAUAACCAGGUACUCGUUCAUCACUCUAAGUAUACAGUAAUUUUCGACGAAAAUACAAAUGAGUAUGUUUAUAACUUAGAAAAGGCUAACUGCAAUGAAAUAAGACAUAACGGUAAUCCCGUAUUCAAACUUGAUCAAAAUGAAAGGUACCCUAAGGAAGUUUUAUGCAGCAGCGAUGUUAAAAAAAUUACCGUAAUAUUGAAAGAAAGCUAUCAUGUAUGUACAAUGGACAGUAAUGGAUGGAAAUCUAAGAUUCAUAAAAAUGAUGGUAGUAGUUCAGAAGAUGGUCCCGAAUAUCCAUUUGUUACUAGUACAAAACCAGCAGUUCCUACCUCCGAAGCCGCUACGGAAACGCAAUCUCCAGAAUCCGAUACCUCACAAUCAGCUUCAUCACCAUCAGGUACUACAUCUGAAGAUUUUGAUUUGUCACAAGCUCUAGAUCCAUCACAAAAAGGGUCUCAAGUUUCAACAACUCCUAAAUCGCAAUCAGCUUCAUCAGAAUCAGGUACUACCUCUGAAGAGUUUGAUUUGUCACAAGCUCUAGAUUCUUCACAAACUAGUUCUCAAGUUUCAACAACACCUCCAACUGAAUCGCAACCACCAUCUAGUCCAACAUCUAGUUCAACUGCUGGUUUGGAUAGUGAUCCUACAUCUGGAACAUUCAUGGAAUAA